AUGGAUCCAGCUGUUCAGAAUCCCAAUCCGGCUGAGAGUACAGCCAAAGCCGACCCUCUUGCAGCUCAGGAGACUGUCACAGAGCAGUCCGGCUCCAACGAAGGGAAGAUGGACGGCAGCUCAGCUGGCAGAGGUGGCCGCAAUAAACACAAAGAUAUGGGAAGGAAAGCGUAUAGGCGAGCGGCGAAUGACCAGCAGGAGUCGAAGCGUAGGAAGAUAGAAGAAGGCGAAAGCCCGAUGCCGAUUUACGCUACUCAAUUCUCCCAGGAGGAUAUCGACGCCGAUGUACGCCGGCCGAAGAAGAAGGUCAUCGUCAUGCUGGGUUAUUCUGGCACCGGAUACCAUGGAAUGCAGCUAUGCGCCACCGAAGAAACCAUUGAAGGCGACCUCUUUGCCGCCUUUGUUGCUGCAGGCGCAAUCUCAAAGGCCAAUGCCAUGGACCCGAAGAAGUCUUCCCUCGUCCGUUGCGCACGAACAGAUAAAGGUGUCCACGCCGCGGGAAAUGUGGUUUCUCUCAAACUCAUCGUCGAAGACCCAGACAUUGUACAGAAGAUCAAUGACAAGCUAAACCCGCAGAUAAGGGUGUGGGGUAUCUUCCCUUCCACCAAAGGUUUCAGCGCCUACCAGUUCUGCGACUCGCGAAUGUACGAAUAUCUGAUACCUACGCAUUGCUUCAUACCACCCCACCCGAGUACAUUCAUGGCUCAAAAGAUGGUGGAGAUGGCUGAGAAAUAUGACGACAUGGAAGGAUUCAAGCAGAGGCAGGCCGAGGUUGAGAACUACUGGGAAGAGACGGAUAGGAAGCAUAUUCAGCCCAUCAUCGAUUCCCUGCCCGAGAAGAUCAGGCCGUAUGUUCAGGCCGCCAUCGGUGCUGUGGGUGGUGAGCCCGCGCCAGUUGCUGGGGACGAUAAGGCGGCUUCCAGCAAGACCGAAGGCGAAGGUGAAAAAGAAAAGACCGGAAAUGCAGAAGACGUUGUGCCAGAAAAGUCGGAGCUUACGCCUGACGAACAAGCUCAGGUUAACAUAGCAGUUAAGGAUAUUCGUGCAGCCUACUUCAAAGUCAAGAACGAGUACCGAAUACCUCCAGAACGCAUUAAUCGCAUCAACGAAGCAUUAAACCUAUAUGUCGGCACAAAGAAUUUCCACAAUUACACUAUCCAAAAGACCUUCCGCGACCCUUCUGCCAAACGGCUAAUAAAGUCUUUCAAAAUCUCCAGGGACCCGGUCGUCAUCAACGGCACCGAAUGGCUGAGCUUGAAAGUCCACGGGCAGAGCUUCAUGAUGCAUCAGAUCAGAAAGAUGGUCGCCAUGGUUGCCUUGCUCGUUCGAUGCGGUGCUGAUAUUCAUAGGAUAGAAGAAAGCUAUAAGCGUCCUAGAAUACCUAUCCCCAAAGCACCGGGUCUCGGCCUCCUUCUUGAACGGCCUAUCUUCGACGGGUAUAACAAGAAAGCUGCAGAUUUGGGCAGGGAACCCAUUGAUUUCUCAAAAUACGAGAAAGAAAUGGAUGACUUCAAGCUCAAAGAGAUCUAUCAACGUAUCUUUACGGAAGAGGGAGAAAAGCAUGCCUUUGGAAACUUCUUCAACCACAUCGACAGCUAUAGAGAAAAUACUUUUCUGUAUGUUACUUCUGGGGGCCUCGCUGCCACCGCUGCCUCCACGACAGAGCCCACAGCCGCCCAAGAGGAGGAGGCAAGGAAGGCGGAAAGCAAGCUUUUGGCCGAGGUGGAAUCUGAGUCGGAGUCGGAGCUUGUGAACAAUGGCGAGGAUGGGGGUUAG